CCUAGCAGAUCACAUGCAGCCCCUAGACCCUGAGGCCGAGAUUAUGUUGCUGUUAGGCCGAGACAUAAUACAAGUGCACAAAGUGUAUGAACGAGUGAAUGGACCAGUCAAUGCUCCAUUUGCCCAGAGACUUGCACUUGGGUGGGUUAUUGUAGGGGAUGUAUGCCUAGGGGGAGCCCAUAAGCCAGCCAUCAUAGGCACAUACAGAACGAGUAUUCUAGAGAACGGGCGUCCGAGUCUCCUAACACCCUGUCAGAACAGUUUUCAUGUCAAAGAGCAGCCACAGUCACACAACAAACCCUGGGACACUCACAGUUCAUGUCAAAUAGGGAAACACAUAUUCCAGCAAAGUGAAAAGGAUGAAGAGCUGGCCCCUUCCCUUGAGGACCAAGCCUUUCUGGAAAUUAUGGAAAGAGACUUUUACCAAGACGAUGCAAAUAGCUGGACAGCUCCACUUCCUUUCCGUACACCGAGAGCCUGCCUCCCAAACAACAGAAACCAAGCACUCAGCUGCUUAGAGUCGUUGCGCUGCACAUUAAAUAAACGCCCUGAGAUGGAGAGACAUUUUAUGGAUUUUAUGCAGAGGUUGUUUGACAGGGAUCAUGCCGAACCCGCACCAGCUCUCGAAGAAGGAGAAGAAUGGGGGCAUCUGCCUUUCUUUGGCGUUUAUCACCCACAGAAGCCCGGGAACAUCAGGGUGGUGUUUGACUCGAGUGCAAUGUUUCAGGGAGUGUCCUUAAAUGAUGUGCUGCUCAAAGGUCCAAAUAUGAACAACAGUCUGAUCGGGGUGCUCAUCCGUUUCAGAGCAGAAACGGUGGCUGUCACAGCGGACAUACAACAAAUGUUCCACUGCUUUCAGGUGCGAGAAGACCACAGGAACUUCCUCCGGUUCCUUUGGUACCGCAACAGUGACCCAAGAGAGCCAGUUGUCGAGUACAGAAUGAAAGUGCACGUGUUCGGCAACAGCCCUUCCCCAGCGGUGGCAAUUUUCGGUCUGAGAAAGGUGGCACACCUGUCCGACACACAGCACUAUUCUGAGGCCAAGCAGUUUGUCCAAAGACAUUUCUAUGUCGACGAUGGACUCAAAUCCCUCCCUACUGAGUCAGAGGCAAUCAAGCUCCUCAAAGACACACAGGAGCUGCUUGCUGCAUCCAACCUGAGGCUCCACAAAAUAGCUUCAAACAGCCCAAAUGUCAUGAAAGCAUUCUCUACUGUAGACUUGGCAAGCGGGCUCAAGGACAUACAUUUCAACACAGAGUUUCCUCCAAUGCAGAGAAGCUUAGGAGUAUGUUGGGACAUUGAAGGUGACACUUUCACAUUCAGAGUCUCUCAAACCAAAAAGCCUUACACGGAAAGAGGUGUUCUGUCCACUAUCAACAGCCUUUUUGACCCGCUGGGGUUUGCAGUGCCAGUGAGCAUCAAGGGGAGGGCACUGUUGCGGGAACUGACAAAAGAGACUUGUGGGUGGGAUGAGACUCUUCCAGAGGGCAUGUUCAAGGAGUGGUCAGAAUGGAAGAAUGCUCUCAAACAACUCGAGCAAAUCCAUAUCCCGAGGCCAUACUGCUCCUUCUCCUUUCUUGGUGCGAACCACAGAGAAAUCUGUGUCUUCUGUGAUGCAUCAACCCAGGCUAUUGCAGCUGUGGCUUACCUGAAGUUAACGAACAAAAAUGGUGAGACAGAGUUUGCGUUCGUAUUCGGGAAAGCCAAACUUACCAUUCCCAGGCUCGAGCUGUGUGCAUUGGUGUUAGCGGUGGAAGUUCGGGAGCUAAUCAGAGAUGAAAUGGACAUUCAGAUUAGUAACAUGCGCUUCUUCUCUGACAGCAAAGUCGUUCUUGGCUAUAUCUACAAUGAGGCAAGAAGAUUUCACGUUUUCGUGAACAACCGGGUGCAACGCAUCAGACGAGCAACAGAACCAACUCAGUGGGGCUAUGUACCCUCGGUGCACAACCCAGCCGAUCACGGCUCCAGAUCUCUACCUGCCGAAAAACUGUUGUCCAGCACAUGGUUGAAAGGGCCAGAGUUUCCCUUAAAGCCCUUAGAGAGCAACUCAUCAGAUACGUUCAUUCCAACUUCAAAACCCCGACUCAGACAUUGAAGUUCGUCUCUUGAUCACUGCCACCAGUCAAACAUCACGCCUCUGUUUAAAGACUGCAAACUUAGAAACUUUCUCCAGCUGGCAGUCCCUUACCAGGGCAGUUGCACAUUUGGCGCCAUCAUCAACGCACGGCCGCUGGUUCCAGUGUCAAGUGAUCCAGAUAUUCCGUGCAUCCUUACUCCCGC